AUGAAGCCACAAGACGACUUCAGAAACGGUGACGAUGGCGACGCUCGCGACGAGGACAGCGAAGGCGAGGAGGCGCUGGCUCUGGAGCACGAGCUGUCGCUGCACGACGAGGAGGCUCCGGCGCGCGCGCUCAGCGCCCUGAACGCGCUGCGCAAGUCGCGCCAGCACUUCGACACCGUGCUGGUGGCGGGCGGCGUGGAGCUGCCCGCGCACCGCGCCGUGCUGGCCGCCGCCUCGCCCUACCUGCUGGAGGCGCUGGCGCCGCCGGCCUCCGCCGCGCCGCCGGCCUAUCGCGUCGACGACGUGGACGCCGAGGCGCUGCGCGAUCUCAUCGAGUACGCCUAUACAGGACGGCUGCGGGUGCGCGAGCCGGGAGCGGCGCGGCGGCUGUACUGGGCGGCGUGGCGCCUGCGCGUGGACGCCGUGCGCGCGCACCUCGCCGAGCGCCUGCUGCGGCGCCUGUCGCCCGCCGACUGCCUGGAGCUGCGCGCGCUGCCCGACCUGGCGCCGCGCCACCUCGCCGCGCUCGACGCCUACAUCGCGCAAAACUUCACGGAGAUCUGCGCGACGGGGGCGCUGGCGGCGCUGCCCCUCGUCCGUAUCGAGAUGCUGCGCGAGACGAGCACCGAGGGCGGCGACGAGACCGCCUUCGCCGUCGCCGACGCCGCGCUCGUCUGGCUGCGCGACCAGAACAUCGACGUCGAGCUAGGGGAGCUGUGCUCGCGCACGCACCUGGUGUACGUGGACGGCGCGGGCGCGCUGCGCGACUGCGGCGAGAUGCCCGAGGCGCGCGGGGACGCGCCCGAGCUGCAGGAGUACCGGCGCGAGGCCGCCUCGCGCGGCCGCACGCCUCGCCGCACCGCGCCGCCUCGCGCCUCGCCGCCCGACGCCGAGCGCGCCCUGCCCGCGCUGCAGCUGGGCGCGCGCGCGCCUCGCGGGGACUGCACCGUCAUAGCCGCCUGCCGGAUCGAAGGUCGGUGCCGCGUCUUUUCGCGUUCCCUUCCGUGCGUACGAGAGACUUUAGGACGAUUGAUAGAGAGCGAUGCGUGCACAGGUGCGACGCGCGCGACCCGCGCGCUGCUGGCGCUGCGCGGGCGGCUGGCGGCGGCGCGCGUGUGCUGGCGCGACGUGGCGGGCGGCGGCGUGCGCGGCGGGCCGCUGGGGGGCGCGCGCGCCGAGCCCGACGGCGGCGAGCGGCGCGCGCGCCUGGCGCACGGCCGCGCCGCGCUGGGCGCCGUGGCGCUGGGCGGCGCGCUGCUGGUGUGCGGCGGCUACGACCGCGCGCGCGUGCUGCGGGCCGUGGAGCGCUACGACCCCGCCACCAACGAGUGGUCGGCGCUGCCCGACAUGCGCGGGCCGCGCGCGCGCUUCCCGGCCGUCGCGCUCCACGACCGGGUGUACGCCAUCGGGGGUAGCGACGGCCACACCGAGCUCGACACGAUGGACGUUUUCGCCGACGGCAAGUGGCGGGGCGAGGCGCGGCUCCCGCUGGCGCUGUCGCACGCCGCCGCCGUGGCCGAGCCCGAGAGCGGCGCGCUGUACGUGAUCGGCGGCUGGGCCGCGGGGCUCAGCCUCAAGCGCGUGCUGCGCUACACUUCGGGCGCGUGGAGCGACGCGCCGGCGCUGAGCGCGGGCCGCUCGCAGUGCGGCGCGGCGCUGUGGCAGGGCGCGCUGUGGGCGCUCGGCGGCUGCGACGCGUGGCACUGCCUCGCCUCCACCGAGACGCUGCGCCUGCGCGGCGCCGGCGCCUGGGAGCCGGGCCCCGCGCUGCCCACCGCGCGCCGCUCCGUGGGCGCCGCCGUGUGGCGCCACGCGCUGGUGGUGGCGGGCGGCUCCGACGGCGCCGCCUCGCUGCGCCGCUGCGAGUGGCUGGAGCCCGCGCCGGGCCCCGCGCCGGCCUGGCGCGCCGGGCCCGCGCUGCGCCGCCCCCGCGCCGGGCCCGGCCUGGUGGCGCUGCCCGACGCGCUGUACGCGGUGGGCGGCUUCGACGGCAAGGAGUUCCUGUCGUGCGUGGAGUGCCUGUACGAGCCGGGCGGCGAGUGGACGACGCUGCGCGGCGCCCCGUCGCCGACCGCGCCGCCGUCGCCGGCGCCGUCGGCCGAUCCGGCGCCGGACGCGCAGUGA